CUUCCCAAUUGCACAGGCGCAGUGCCACUUACCCAGCAUGGAAGCGUUGUGUCUCGGCUGUGUGUUGGCGGCGGUUCUAACGUGGGGUUUUCUCUGCUUUUGGGACUCUGCAGAACGAAUGAAGACUGCGGAGCAAGCAGGCCUGUUGAAAUCCGGAAGCCGAACCCUUCUUGUGAUCGCGCACCCCGAUGAUGAAGCCAUGUUCUUUGCUCCCACAGUGCUAGGUUUGGCACGCCUGAAGCACCGGAUGUCCCUGCUCUGCUUCUCUGCAGGAAAUUACUACAAUCAAGGAGAGAUUCGUAAGAAAGAACUUUUGCAGAGCUGUGAUGUUUUGGGGAUUCCAACCUCCCGUGUUAUGAUUAUUGAUAACAGUGAUUUCCCAGAUGAUCCAGGAGUGCAGUGGGACACAGAGCGUGUGGCCAACAUUCUCCUCCAGCAUGUAGAGGUCAAUGACAUCAACCUGGUGGUGACUUUUGAUGCAGGGGGAGUCAGUGGUCACAGCAAUCACAUUGCUCUGUACACAGCUGUGAGGGCCCUGCACUCCGAAGGGAAGUUCCCUAAAGGGUGUUCUGUGCUCACACUUCAGUCUGUGAAUGUGCUGCGCAAGUAUCUCUUCCUCCUGGACCUGCUCUGGUCUCUGCUGCAUACUCAGGACAUCCUCUUCAUGCUCACCAGCGAAGAAGUGGCACAGGCAAAGAGAGCCAUGUACUGCCAUAGAAGCCAACUCCUCUGGUUCCGCCGCCUCUAUAUUCUCUUCUCCAGGUACAUGAGAAUCAACUCACUGCACUUCCUCUGAGGCUUUGAAGAGUUUUCAGAUCUAAGGAACAAAGGAGAAAAGUAGAUCAGGAAGACAAGGGGCCUGCUUGGAGAUGGCUUAUCUUCCUGAGUCAAAGGAGUUCCCAGCUAAGUGCCUCUGCAAAGGGAGACCCUGUUGGCCAAUGGGCUACCCAAACUCUGGCUUCUUCCUCUGGUGAGGGGGUCAGGGUGGAAUGAAGAACUGAAAACAAACCAACCCAAGGACAAUACAAAUUCUUGUGAAAAAUAAUUUGCAUAAUGACAAAGCGUAUGUCAAACACCUAGCACAGAGCCCAGACAAAUUGCUGUUAUCACAAAUGAAUGCAGAAUGUACUAAAAACACUUACAGGUAGGAUCUUUAAUUGCUUCUGAAGUAGGCUGUCUUAGUUUUGGGUUGGUAUAAAUGAAUACCACAGAUUGAGUAAUUUAUAAAGAACUGAGGUUUAUUUAACUCUUGAUUCUGGAAGCUGGGAGCAAGACACAGGCUUCUGCUUGACAUUUAAUGAAGAGCUUCCUGAUCAUAAUAAGGCAGCGGGCAUCACAUGGCAAGACAGAGCAAGUUAGCCAAAGUGCUUAUUUCUAUAACAAAACUACUCCCAUGAUAAUUCAUUAAUCUGUAAAUGACCCAGUCCUCUCCCAGAGAUCCUACCUCUUAACACUAAUGCAUUGGGAACCAUAUGUCUAACACAUGGAUGCCAGGAGACAUGUCCAAAUCAUAGAUUUACUGAAAAUACAUGAGCCAGGUGCAGUGAUGCACACCUAUAAUCCCAGCAAUUUGGGAGGCUGAGGCAGGAGGAUCCCAAGUUCAAGGUCAGCCUCAGCAACUUAACAAGACUAUCUCAAAAAUAUAAAAUAAAAAAGAACUGAGGAUGUAGCUCAGUGGUAAAGUACCCCUGGGUUCAAUUCCCAGUACCAAAAAAGAAUAGCACGUGUACGCGCGCGCGCGCACACACACACACACACACACAAAUAUUACAGUCUAUUGAAUUAGUUCAACCAUAAUUCCCUAAAUUUUUUUCUGGCUGGUUUACCUUUUUAUCGGAGCUGGAGAAAUCAUCCUCUAUUUAACAUGACAAUCAUGGAUUGAUGCACCCAAGUGUCCUUCACAGUUAUGGGCUCUGUUGUAUGCAGAACAGACUGCCUGAGCCUGACUCUCAAACACUUAUAACUGAAUAUCUCAGCUCAGUCUUGGGAGAAGUAGGAAAUAGGAAGAUAAAUCUGGAACUUUAAAAAAAACACUUAAGAACCUGAUGUCUUUAAAUGAUUCAACAAAUAAAACUUUCUGAGAGGAUUGGCUUGUAAGCUAUAGGCAAAGUUCAACCCAUGGUCCAGAAAAGUGGCUUGAGACAGGGAAACUUAGUUGUGAAGAGAGCGGCAAGUGACUCUAGGUUUGAAGCCAGAAGACAAGCAACAUAACUAUGACAAGACACAAGAUUCUCUAUCUCAAUUCUCUCAUCUGAAUAAUGGUUUAACUUCAGAGAACUGAACAAAAGGAUGUCUUAGGGUACAUAACAAAGAAUCUAGCUCUCGGUGCCAGGAAAGAUUAGCUGCUGUUGUUUUUCUGAGAAAUAAUCAAGUAGGCAUUAAGCAUAAGGACUAACAUACAUAAAAGUCCUGAGACAAAAGAUCCUGGUGUGCUUUGCCUGCCCAGUGAGUAUCCCCAACCUGCAACAUAAAACCGGGGAAUUGCUCCCUGCAUAGCAACAGGUUGGAGAUCUGCUUGUUUAGACUCUCCACCCAACUUGUACCACUUUACUCAAUGUCACCAUUAUUUUAUAUGCCUCCUAAGACCACAUGAGACUGACAGAACUAUUAGGCCCUGAAGCUGAAAUUGAAAAAGCAAAUCUGGUUGUGUGAUUUGUCCACUGAAAAUUUGUCAAUAUCUCCUAAAAUCUUCCACAUAAAAGUAUGACUAAAAGCAAGCUACUAACAUUGGCUGGAAUGUGGUGGCAGGGGGUGACCUCUGUCUUGCUACUAGGAAGACAAACACUAAACUAGUCUUUCCUUUCUGAUCCAAGGAAAUACUUAGAAAGUGAAAAUGACACACACAAAGAUCAUCAUACUAUUACUUACAAUAGCAGUACUGGAAAAAUCCAGUGAUGUAAUAGUUUUAUAACAAAGAAAAUGUUCAUAAUAUAUUAAAAAUUUUAAAGCAAGUUAGGAAUCUCAUUUUUAUUAAAUGAAUAUACAAAUAUAUAACAUGCAAAUAUAUAAGUAGAUAUAUAUUUGAUAUCUAAAUCCAUAGGUAAAUACUAACUAGGAAGGUCAUCUUUCAACAGUGGACAUUUACAGUUAUAAAAGAUUCAUUGUUGUUUAUGAAUAAGUAUUGUUUUGUUUUGGUACAUCCCCAGCCCUUGUUAUUUUUUAUUUUGAGAAAGGGUAUCCCUAAGUUGCUGGAGGCUAGCCUCAAACUGCUUCAGUCUUCCCAAGUUGCUUGGAUUACAGGUGUGUGCCACCUCACCCUUCUAUGAAUAGGGUUUUUGGGGCAGGUGUGGGGCAUACUGGGGAAUAAACCCAGUGGUACUUAACUAGUGAGCCACAUCCACAGCCCCUUUUUUUUUUCUUUAGAUGUUGAUGGACCUUUUAUUUUUAAUAUACCUUUAUUUUAUUAAUUAAUUUAUUUUUAUAUGGUGUUGAGGAUUGAACCCAAUGCCUCACACAUGCUAGGCAAGUGCUCUACCACUGAGCCACAAUCCCAGCCCCACUUUUUUAUACUUUAUUUAAAGACAGGGGUCUCACUGAAUGAUUUAAGACCUCGCUAAGUUCCUGAAGCUGAUUUGAAUUAACAAUCAUUCUGCCUUAGACUCUCAAGCUGCUUGGAUUAUAGGCAUGUGCCACCACACCCAGCCCUAUGAAUAGUUUUGAUGUGAGAGAUACUUUUUUUAAAAUAUCUUUAUUUUUAUUUAUUUUUAUAUGGUACUGAGGAUCAAACCCAGGGCCUCACACAUGCUAGGUGAGUGCUCUACAGCUGAGCCACAACCCCAGCCCCAAGAGAAAUACUUUUGAUACAAUGUGAAGCCAAAAUAAUUUGUAUAGCCAGUAUAAUGUCACACAUAAAAAAUCCGAUUAAUUAAAGAAAAGCUAGCUGUUUUUACAUUGCUGGUGGAUGUAUAAAAUUAUGGAGGACCAUUUGGUAAUUUCUAGAAAAAUUAUAUACACUUUUUUAAAAAAAUAUUUUUAGUUGUAGAUAGACACAGUAUCUUUAUUUUUAUGUGGUGCUGAGGCUCGAAUCCAGUGCUAGGCAAGUACUCUACCACUAAGCCACAAACCCAGCCCCAAAAUUCCAUACGCUUUGAUCCAGUAUUACCAUAUCCAUGAAUUUAUACUAUAGAUUUACUCCACAUGACUAAAGAGGUAUGUCAAAAUAGACAUUGAACCGCUACUUCUUUUUUUAUACAUUUUUUAAAUUGUAGAUGAACACAAUAUCUUUAUUUUAGGGGCAGAGGAUUGAACGCAGUGCCUCACACAUGCUAGGCAAAUGCUCUACCACUGACCUACAACCCCAGCCCCAAAACACUAUUUAUUUCUCUCUUUUUAAAUUUAUUUUUUAGUUUUAGGUGGACACAAUAUCUUUAUUUGGUUUUUAUGUGGUGCUGAGAAUCAAACCCAGUGCCUCUCGCAUGCUAGGCAAGCGCACUACCACUUGAGCCACAUCCCCAGCCCCAAAACACUAUUUCUAAUAGUAAAAUACUGAACUGGUUCAAAGGUCUCUCAAUUAAGGGUUCAUUAAAUAAACUUCGGACACACCAAUAGCAUAGAUUAUGAGUUGGCAUGCUAGCAGACUCCCAAAUCACAGCAGCUCAGGAGGCUGAGGCAGGAGGAUCACAAGUUCAAAGCCAGCCUCAGCAACUCAGCUAGGCUCUCAGCAGCUUAGUGAGACUGUCUCAAAAUAAAUAAGGUGGGGGUGCUGGGGAUGUGGAUCAGUAGUUGAGCAUCCAUUAGUUCAAUUCCCUAGUACUUAAAAAAGAGAUUAUGACAAAACUAUUUUUAAAUAAAUAAAUAAAAUACAAAAUAGGUCUGGGGAUGUGGCUCAGUAGUGAGUACCCCCGAGUUCAAUCCCCAGUACCAACAACAACAACAAAAAAAAGAUAAAAAAGAACAGAGCCAACAGCCACUGGAGAAAUUAGGAAGGCAAUUGUAAUAGAUUUACCAAUUAUAAGAUGUUCCUAGCCCAGAUGGUUUUACUACUGUUUAAAGCAUAAAAUAGACAGUUCCUCCAAUUCUUAGAUAAAACAUGAAUUACCACAAAAAAAAGAGAAAACUGACAAUUUUAUUGUGAAUAUGGAUGCAAAAAUAUAAAAGAUUAGCAAAUUGAAUCCAACAAUGCAACAAAAGAAUCACUACUCUACAAUCAAGUAGGGUAUUAUUCCAGGAAUGCAAGAAUGGUUCUACUUAGGGAAAUCCAUUAAAGUAAUUCAUUAUAUCAGCAAGUUAAAAAGAAAAACUAUAUUUGUGUACUUAAUAGAUGCUGAAAGAUGACAAGAUGCAGCCAUUAUUCCUGAUAACAACUCCUAAGAAAAAUAGGAGGAAAAAAAAAAAAUCAAUCUAUCUAUCUAUCUAUAUAUAUAUAUAUAUAUAUAUAUAUAUAUAUAUAUAUAUAUAUAUAAAAGACCCUACCAAAAUCCAGCAUAUUAAAACUAACUCAAGGUAGAAUUUUCACUUUUAUGGCUAUUUAUCCAUUCUUUUCUCAAUAACUAUACUUUUUUUUUUCUCUUUUCCUUAAUUAGAGUUUCCAUGUGUUGGCUUAUUUCAUUUUUCAAAGAAAAAUAUCCAUAUGUUUUGAAGGAUCAAGCUGAUAAAGGGACACAGAAAAAUAAAAAACUGGUAUAAGUAUUAGAAAAGACAACUGUGGGGGCUGGGGAUACAGCUCAGUUGGUAGAGUGCUUGCCUUACAUGCACAAGGCCCUAGCUUCAAUCCCCAGCACCACACACACACAAAAAAAGAAAGAAAAAAAGAAAAGACAACUGUGUUAGAAACGCAAGAAAUACUAAUAAAGUCUAUAAUAAAUGAGAGAAUUUUAGAUUUCUUAUAUUGGGUAUUACUUGACAGAAAUGAAAAUGGAAUGUCAAGAACUUAAAUCAAGAAAUAACUUCAGCAUAAAAAUACAAGUUUGGUUGGUUAGUUUGUUUGUUGUGGUCCUGAGGAUCCAACCCAAGGCCUCACAUAUGCUAGGCUGAGCUACACCCUUAGCCUAAGGAAGAUUUAUAUUAAUUUUACAAUUACUAUUAAAAUUUCAGUCAUUUUUUAACUGUACAACUCUUUUUUUUAAUUAGAGAGAGAGAGAGAGAGAGAAUUUUUAAUAUAUUUUUUUUUCAGUUUUUCGGCAAACACAACAUCUUUGUUUCUAUGUGGUGCUGAGGAUCAAACUCGGGCCGCACGCAUGCCAGGCGAACGCGCUACCGCUUGAGCCACAUCCCCAACCCCAAAACUGUACAACUUUUAAGAGAUAACAUAGUUAUAGAUCUUUCUGACCUUGUAAUAGACAGUGGUUUCCUAAAUAUAAUACUAAAGGUCGACUUUAGCUCAUGCUAAAGUCUGUCUUAGAAAACAUAAAAAUAACAUAGUUAUAGAUCUUUCUGACCUUGUAAUAGACAGUGGUUUCCUAAAUAUAAUACUAAAGGUCGAUUUUAGCUAAUGCUAAAAUCUGUCUAAAUAUAACACUAAAAGCACAAGCAACAAAAGAAAAAAAAAUGAAAUUUGUGUACAUCAAAGGACACUAUCAUGAAAGCGAAAUGGGAGAAAAUAUUUCAAAUCUUAUAUCUAUCUGACAAAGGUCUUGUAUCCAGAUUAUGCAAAGCAAUCUUGCAACUAAACAACAACAAUAAAAUUUUAGGUAGGUAAAGGACUUAAAUUACAUUUCUCCAAAGAAGAUAUAUAGAUACCCAACAAGCACAAGAACAUCACUAGUUACUAAGAGAAUACAAAUCAAAACCUCCAUAAGAAUCUAUUUGACACCCACUAAGAUAUAAUUUUAAAAGGAAAAUAAGUGUUGGUGAAUAUGUGAGCCAGGCGUAAUCCUGUAAUCCCAGUGGGACAGGAGGCUGAGGCAGGAGGAUCAAAGCCAGCCUUAGCAAAAGCAAGGCACUAAGCAACUCAGACCCUGUCUGUAAAUAAAAUGUACAUAAUAGGGCUGGGGUUGUGGCUAAGUGGUAGAGCACUUGCCUUGCAAAUGUGAGGCACCAGAUUUGAUCCUUAGCACCACAUUAAAAUAAAAUAAAGGUAUUUUAUGUCCAUAUGUAACUAAAAAAUAAUAAUAAUAAUUUAAAAAAAUAAUAGGGCUGGGAUGUGACUCAGUGGUACAGUCCCUGAGUUCAAUCCCUGGUACCAAAAAAAAAAAAAAGAUGUUAAAAAAAACUGGAGCCUUCAUACUUGCUGAUGGGAAUGUAAAGUGGUACAGCUGCUGUGUAAAACAGUUUGAUGUUUCCUCAGUACUUAAAGAUUUACCUCAGUGGUAAAUAUAAGGUCCUGGGUUUCAUCCCAAGUACCACCAAAAAGAAAAAGAAAAAAAAAGUUACUUUGGGAUGGGAAUAUGGCUUAGCUGUAGAGCACUUGCCUCUGGUCAUGUUUUUUAUAUGAACUGGAGCAGUUUUCUAUGCACAAGGUCCUGGGUUUGAUCCAUAGUACCAUAAAAUAAAUGAAAAUAAAUUUUAAUAUAAAAUAAAAAUAUAUUCAAAAAAGAACUAUCCAAGAAUAGUCAGAAUAUAAAUAAUAAAAAGGACAGUAAUGUGAGGCCUGUCUUUCUAUAUAUUAAAACAUAUAAAGCCAUUGCAGUUAAAACAGUAAAAUAUAGGCCCAAGAGUAAAUAGAUGUUGAAUCGAAGAGAAAAAUCCAGAAACAAAUUGUGUGAGAAAACUACAUGAUAAAAGUGACAUUUCAAUUCAUUGGAGAAAAUGAUGUCAAGAUGGUUGGCCAUGCACUGGGAAAGAAGUAAAGACUCCCAACAUCAUAGCAUAUACCAAAAUACAUUCUAGAUGAAUUAAAACUUAUGGAUAAACACUAUAAAAACUAAAAUAUCAUUUAAGAAAUUCUGAAGACUAAAUGCACACACACACAUACUUGGAAUAUGAUUGACCUUACCAAGCCAGGCUGCAAAUCCAUAAAGGUGAAGGAAAGGAGAUUUCACAGUGAAGCUUUAUUUGGGGGGAGGGGGGGGGUGCUGGGGAGUGAACCUAGAACCUUGAUGCUAGGCAAACUCUCUGCCACUGAGACAAUGUUUUUUUAAAAAAAUAUAGUAACAUGUAGUAGCUGUACUAAUAUCCUUAACAAAUGUCCUCAAAUAAGAACAGUUUAAGGCCUUGUUGGUGAACGCCUAUAAUCCCAGCUACUCCAGAGGCUGAGGCAAAAAGAUCCCAAGUUCAAGGCCAGCCUGGGGAACAUAGAGACCCUGUCUCAAAAACAGCUAAGGAUGUAGCUCAGUGAUAAAGCACCCCUGGGUUCAAUCCCUAGUACCUGCCCCUCAACACACUCACACACACACCAAGGAUUAAGGAUGGAAAAUUCACAAAAGAGGAAACCUUUUUGGCCAUUUGGCCAAAACACAUGAAACACUAUUCUACUUCAGUAGCAGCCAAAAUACAGAAAUUAAGACAAAAACUGAAAAAUCCAUUUGAAUAGAACUAUCCCUCUGAACUUUGAGAUUGCUGACCCUUGUGUGUACCACCUGCAGCCUUAUCCUGCCAAUGAGAUUCCUAUCCAUGCUGAAAAUAUGAUCAUGAUUUUGAAAUUAAGUGACCAGCAAUUAAAAGCUGAAUGACACACAGUUUUACUAAGUUCCACCUGGGAGAAAUCUAAGAAGUUUCAGAGAAGUGAGGUCACAAGGGCAAGAAUUCUAGUUAUCUAUAAAAAGUCAGAACUUAUAAGCUCAGAAUUGCCAGUGUUAGUUCUCUUGAGGUUUUGGGUCAAGUUGAUGGAAAUAAUCAUAUGAUAUUAUUGAAUGGAAGGUAACCCCAGGAAACAGCAAAACCUGGAAAAUUGGGGCGGGGGUGUGUAGUUAAGUUGUAAAACACCUACCUAGAACAUGUGAGGCACUGGGUUAGAUCCUCAGCCCUGCUUAAAAAUAAAUAAAAUAAAGAUAUCGUGUCCAUCUACAACUAAAUAAAAAUUUUUUAAAAGGUGGAAUAUCUUUUAUGUUAACCUGAAAUUAGAAUCAUCAUAUAACCUGGAACUUUGUCCUGCUCCUCCUGCCCCAAGAAUGGCAGAACAGAGAGUCAACAGAUAUUCCUUGAGCUUUUCAUCACUCAGAAACGUAAGCACUGACCUUUGUACCUUGAGGUUUAAAGAAAUGGAGGUUGAUUUCCUUUUCAGGAAAGGGACCUGAAAGAAUCUCAGCACUUGGACUUCCACCAACUAUAGCUAGAUGAAUCUGACCUCAGAAGUUCUUAUAGUCCUUGUUUCCUUCCUUUAUGAAUUCAGAAGGAAAAAAAAAAAAAAGUUGGAACAAACAAGUCUCCAAAUUCCUCAAUGGGGCAUGUGUAGGAAUAUCAUAGGAAAGGCAGUUUCUGGGAAAAGAGAGGAGAGAGGGGCACCACAUGGGUGGAGGCCUCCAUUUGGCUUGUUCUCCAGGCAAGGACUCACUCCAGGGCAGCUAGGAUGCUACCCAAGGCAUGCAACAUCCCUACUUACUGUCUUAGUCAGAGCUCCUCUUGGCUGGUAUCAAAUUCUUCCUUCUAAACAAGCAGGAAAUUUCCACUUGAUGGUGGCUAAGGAGACUUAAAGUAAGACAAUUUCCACUUAUGGGACCAAUAGUAGUGUCUGACUCACUGGCCAAACUGUCCCACUGCAGAGGGAUAGUUUCGGCAGGCUAGCUUAGAAAUUCAUCAAGGUGACCUAAAUAAGUUCAUUAUAGCAAGGGCUGCGAGUAUAGCUCGGUGGUAAAGAGGUUGCCUAGCAUGUGCUCUACUAAAGUAUUUAAAAAAAAAAAAAAUGCCAAGAAUAAUAGCAUUCCUUUCUACCAGCAAUAAUCAAGUGCGAAAAAGAAAAAGAAAAUCUUGUCUUUACCAAAAAAACCCUGUAAAGACAAGAUCCCAUUUGGACAAACAAAAAAAUAAGAUUGCAGGUGCUGGGGAUGUGGCUCAGUGGUAAAGUGCUUGCCUAGCAUGUGUGAGGCACUGGGUUCAAUCCUCAGCACUACAUAUAAAUAAAUAAAUAAAUAAGGAACUGUGUUCAUCUACAACUAAAUAUAUAUAUAUAUAUAUAUAAAAUAAGAUUGCUAGGGUUAAACUGUACUAUCUGGAUGGAGAGUAGCAUAAAACUUAUCCAAGAAACAGAACAACAAACCAACUGGUGAUAUGUGCCACAUUUCAAACUGAUAUGAGAGCCAGUGGUGGAAUAACAGGGUAAGUGCAGAGGUUAGUUAAUAGAUAAAAGGUUGACAGAAUAAGUUCUAGUGUUCUACACUACAGUAGGUUAGCUAUAGUAUAGCUAACAAUAAUUUAGAGAGGUUUUGGGUUUGUGUUUUGUUUUGGAUUGAACCCAGGGGCUUUAUCCCUGAGCUACACCCCCACCCCUUUUUAUUUUUUAAAAUUAUUUUUUUAUUACUAUUAUUUAUUUUACCAGGGAUUGAACUCAGGGGCACUCAACCAGUGAGCCACAUCCCCAGCCCUGUUUUGUAUUUUAUUUAGAGACAGGUUCUCACUGAGUUGCUUAGCACCUCAGUUUUGUUGAGGCUGGCUUUGAUCCUCCUGCUUCAGCCUUGAGAGCCACUGGGAUUACAGGCAUGCACCAACUGUUUAUUUUUAGACUGGGUCUCACUAAAUUGCCCAUGCGAACCUCAAAAUUGCACUUCCUCCUGCCUCAGCCUUCCAAGUUGAGUAGCUGGGUUUACAAGGAUGCACCAUCAUAGCUGGCUAGAAGAGAGGAUUUUGAAUGUUCUUCCCAAAUAAGUGAUAAAUAUUUAAGGUGCUAGAUAUGCUAAUUACCCUGCUUUGAUCAUUACACAUUUGUGUAUACAUAUUGAAAUAUCACACUGUACCCCAUAAACAGUACAAUUAUAUGUCAACUGAAUACAAAAAAGACGGAGUACCAUAAAUCCUAUUCUUUCCCAAAUUAUUUAUAAAUUUAAUAUGCUUAUAAUCAAAAGCCAAGCCUAUAGUCCCAGUUACCUGAAAGGCUGAAGCAAGAGUAUCACUUGAGUCCAGAAAUUUGAAAUUCAACUUGAUUUUAUAUCUUACUUGAAUUGCUAAUUCUAAAAUUAAUCUGGUUGGUCUUGGUUGCACACAUCUGUGAUCCCAGAAACUCUGGAGGCUGAGGCAGGAGAAUCACAAGUUCAAAGCCAGCAUCAGCAACUCAUCAAGACCCUGUCUCAAAAUAAAAAAUAAAAAGGGCUGGAGAUGCCAGGCGCAGAGCGCACACUUGUAAUCCCAGCAGUUUAGGAGACUGAGGCAGGAGAAUCAAGAGUUCAAAGCCAGUCUCAGCAAAAGUGAGGCACUAAACAACUCACUGAGACCCUAUCUCUAAAUAAAAUAGAGCUGGGGAUGUAGCUCAGUGAGUGAGUUCCCCUGAGUUCAAUCCCUGGUACAAAAAAAAAAAAAAAAAAAAAAGGCAUGGGGCAGGGAUAGUUUCUUUAAGUACCCCUAUGUUCAAUCCCCAAUACCAAAUAAGUAAGUAAAUAAAUAAAUAAAAUCUGGAGGGCUGGGGUUGUGGCUCAGUGGUAGACAACUUGCCUAGCAAGUGUGAGGCCCUGAGUUCGAUUCUCAGCACCUCAUAUAAAUAAAAUAAAGGUCUAGUGACAUCUAAAAAAAAAAAAAUUCAUCUGGAGUACAAAAAUGCAUAAGAAUGAAUAAUAUGGGGGGAUUUACCCUCUCAGAUUAUUUAAAGUACAUUAUAAAGCUUAAGAGUUUAAAACAAUUUGGUAUUUGUAGAACUAUAGAAAAAGAGAUGAUGAAACAAACAAAUGAAGAGUCCAGGGAAAAAAAACUAAAUGUGACUUUUUUUUUUGGGGGGGGGGCUAUAUCCCCAGACCUUUUUUAUUUUGAACCAGGGUCUCACUAAAUUGCUGAGGCCACCCUCUAAUUUAUGAUUUUCCUGCUGCUAAUUUUGUACCUAGUAAAUGCAACAUUUUAAAUCAAUGAGGAAUGAAUGGAUUAGCCAACAAAAGUGUUGAUAAACCAGUUAUUAACCUCUUUCUCAUACCUUUGGUGAAAUUUAAAGGAAAAAAAAAACCUAUCCCCUCCCAACAAGAUAAAGAACUAUAUGUUUUUGAAAUAAAAAAAAGUUUUGAAAGUUAUCAGAAGAAAGUACAGGUAAGUACAGGUUUCAGUAAAGAAGGGAGUCUCAAACAAGAAAUGAAUCAUAAAGUCACAGGUUUGAAAGACAGGGGAGGGAAAAUAUGCAUAAAUUUGGCUCCAUCAAAAAUUAAAACCUGGGGGCUGGGGCUCAGUGGUAGAGCGCUCGCCUAGCACGUGUGAGGCCCUGGGUUCAAUCCUCAGCACCACAUAAAAAUAAAUAAAAGUAUUGCGUUCAUCUACAACUAAAAAUAUUUUUAAAAAAUAAAAUUAAAACCCACCAGGUGCAGCAGCACACAUAUGUUAAUUCAUGGCUGAGGUUAAGAGAUUGCAAAUUUGAAGUCAGCCUCAGCAACAUAGUGAAACCCUGUCUCGAAAUAAAACAUGUAAAAGGGGACUGGGGAUAUUCAGUGCACCCUUGGGGUCAUUCCCCAGUACCACAAACAUAAAUACUUUUAAAAAUUUGAACCCUGGGGCUGGGGUUGUAGCUCAGUGGUAGAGUUCUUGCCUCGAAUGUGUGAGGCCCUGGGUUUGGUCCUCAGCACCACAUAAAAAUAAAGACAUUGUGUCCAUCUAUAACUAAAAAAUAUUUUUUAAAAAAAUUUUAACCCUAAAAAGAAUAAGCUACAGAUAAUAUCUGCAAAAUAUGAGAAUUAUCCAAAAAUUAAUUUAUUAAUAUAAUUAAUCCCUUAUUUAAUUUUUUAAAUAAAUGUAUCAAAAAAUAACCCAAAGAAAAAUGGACAAAGGACACAAUCAAGUAACUGACAGGACAGAAAAUAAAAAAUGGCCCUAAACCCCAAAAUGGUACUCACAGGUAAUCACAGUGUUGGGAAUUUUAAAAAUAAACUUUUUUGCCCAAGAGUGGUCACAGUUAAAAAGACUGAUAACAUAAGCUGUCAGUGAGGUCACUCUGCUAUAUUAAAGGUUGAUGAUCUUGCAUACAGAAUAUACACUUUGAAGGAAGUUUAGAAGUUUUUUAGUAUUUAAAAUAUACAUAUCCUUCAAUCCAGCAAUUCCACAUCUAUAUUCUCAGAUAAAAGCCACAUACACAAAACAUGUAAAAGGAUAUUCAUCAACACUGUAUAAUAUUUAAAAAAAAAAAAAAAGGCAACAAAAUUUCCAUUAAAAAAAAAAGAUAAGGGCUGGGGAUGUGGCUCCAGCGGUAGCGCACUCGCCUGGCAUGCGUGCGGCCCGGGUUCGAUCCUCAGCACCACAUAAAAAGAUGUUGUGUCUGCCGAAAACUAAACAAUAAAUAUUAAAAUUCUCUCUCUCUCUCUCUCUCUCUCUCUCUUUAAAAAAAAAAAAAGAUAAACUAGGGGUUGUGGUUGUGGCUUAGUAGUAUAGCACUUGGCAUAGCACACUGAGGCAAUGGGUUAACACGGGGUUCCAUCCCCAGCACCACAUAAAAACAAAUAAAAUACAGAGGUAUUGUGUGCAUCUCUAACCAAAAUAAUAAAUAAAAAUUUUUGAAAUUUUUUUUAAAAAGUGGAAAUAUACCCAUACUAUACAAUGCCAUAUAACAUUUGAUGAGGGCAUAUGUAUUGGCAUAAUUUUAAAAAUACACAUGGCAGAGCACAGAGUAUAGAGAAGGAUCACAAAUUCGAGGCCAGGCCCUGUCUCAAAAUAAAAAAUGACAAGGAUUGGAGAUGGAGCUCAGUGGUAGAGCUCCCCUGGGUUCUCUCUCUCUCUCUCUCUCUCUCACACACACACACACACACAAAAGCCCAUGUUCCUGAGACUAAAACAAAGACUGUCCAUUCUGACUUCUAUACUUGCUGUACCUCCAUUUACAGUUCCUUCUCCCCUCUAUCUUUCCUAGAUAAAAUGGAAUAAAACUGUUUAAUGGAAAAAAUUGUUUAAUGGGAACAGAGUUUCAGUUUUACAAGAUAAAGAGUUAUGAAGGGAGCUGGGGUUGUGGCUCAGCAGUGGAGCACUCACCUUGAAUGUGUGAGACUCUGGGUUUGAUCCUCAGUACCACAUAAAAAAAUAAGUGAAAUAAAGGUAUUGUGUCCAACUGCAACUAAGGAAUAAAAUAAAGAGAGUUCUGGAGAUUCGUGAUGGUAAUGAACAACAAUGUGAAUGUAUUUAACACUACUGAAUUAUAAAAAUGUUUAAGAUGA